GACGUUUACUAAUGACGAUCAGGGACCACCUGGAUCUCGUUGCUUUUUUUGUGCUGUUUUGCUCGUUAGGUUGAAAAAUCUGGGUUGGCUUAAACAAAACUCUCUCUCCAUGACUCUGAGUGAAACUGAUCUGAUACUCUCUUCCUUGUCCAUUCUUCUUUGAAAAACAUCGAGUGUUGUGAGAAUCGAGAAUUCCAUCCCUAAAGGUGUCUGUUUCUCAUUCAACAGACUUGAAGUUCCAUUUUAUCUCAACUAGAAAGGUGUCUGUUUGCCCCCAGGACCCGCGGACAAAUAACCAACUGGUUAUUCACCUUCUAGACUUGGCGGCUCUGUUUGGUCGUCGUUGUUGGUCAACCCACUUUAAGCUUCCUCGCCUUGGUCAUCGUCCUCACCACUUUGCUCUUCAGGCCUCAAAACACUCAAAACACUUAACUCAACACAACCCAACCCAACUCAAAGGAAGUAGAUCACAACCAGUCUACAAGUCCCUACCUAAACACACCCAAAUAAUCAACCCCCUCACAAAUCAGCCAAGAUGCUCAGCUGGUACAAAGCCCAACUGGCCGCGCGCCCCCUCCUAACCCAAGCCGUCACAACCUCCAUCCUCUUCGGCGUCGGCGACGUCGCCGCCCAACAGCUCGUCGACCGUCGAGGGCUGUCCAACCACGACCUGACGCGCACCGGUCGUAUGGUCUUGUACGGCGGCGCCGUCUUCGGGCCCGCCGCCACCACGUGGUUCCGCUUCCUGCAAAAGCGCGUGGUCGUGCCCGGCAGCACCAACAAGACCAUCCUGGCGCGGGUGGCGGCCGACCAGGGACUGUUUGCGCCGACUUUUAUUGGGAUUUUCCUGGGUUCCAUGGCGGUCCUGGAGGGGACGGAUGUGAAGGAGAAGUUGCAGAAGAAUUACUGGGAGGCGUUGAGCACCAAUUGGAUGGUGUGGCCGUUUGUGCAGAUGGUCAACUUUAAGGUGGUGCCGUUGGAUCAUCGCGUGUUGUUUGUGAAUGUGAUUAGUAUUGGGUGGAACUGUUAUUUGAGUUGGUUGAAUGGGCAGUGAGUAAGGCGGUGGACUGCAAGGAAGGAAGGACCAAUGUCUGCCUGUGGGCUCGCUGAGGGUACCUAGACAAGAAAUAGAUUUUGUUGUUUGUUGGGUUCAGCGGAGAGACAUGCGAGGAGUUUCGGUUGGGAGUAAGCAGCCUGGGUACGAUACUGCUGGCUCAAUGCGUGUCAUAAACCAAAACUUCUUUUUAUCAAUCAUAUUUCCCUCCCCCG